AUGUCUACAAAUUUGUCUGAAUUUGAAGAAAAUUUCUCUGAACUUGAAAAUUUUCUGUCUGAAGUUGAAACAUUUGAAGGAUUUCAAGAUUCUAACAUAUUUCAAAGUUUUGUUGAAGAGGAUGAAGGACUUGAUGAAGAAUUUGAGAAUGAUUAUGUUGAAGAUGAUUACAAUGAAGAAAUUGAGGAAAUUGGGAGUGAUAAGGAAUUUAAUGAUUUUGAGGAAGACAAUGAAGUAACAAUCAGUAGUGAUGAUGAUAGUGAUUAUUUUGAAAAAUGUUCUUUAAUGGUUUUUGAUUUAGAAAAAGGAUGUAGCAUGCCUUGCACUCGAUAUAGUUAUAGAAAGUUACAACAAUGCAUUGGGGUAUGGGAAAUUAAUACAGUUAGUGUCAAGGAUGCAGAUAAGGAGUUAGGAAAACUUGGAGUAUGUAAAUAUCAUUUUAACUUAGAUCAAACUCCCUCAUAUCAUCCUAGUGGAUUAAAACAGAAAAAAUCAGUUGAUCAUGCAAAAAUGCUAUCAAAGAGAUGUUUAUUCUGCCAUAAGAUUUUUAAUAUUUAUUCAAGGGACAAUUAUUGUGAUUUACAUUCUUGGCAAAUAAGUGAUAAGAAGUUCUUAACAUCAUGCAUUUGUCAAUUUACAUGUCCAUCUAGAAUUAAUGAAUUUUUAAACAAAAAAUCCCACAACAUUGCUAAUGCUUCCCCUAGAUAUAUUUGUCAAGAUUGUUGUCACAAAAAUGAAUGUCAUAUUUAUAAUCCACCAGGUAGAGGAAGAACAUUAAAAGAAUGUUCACAUAAAAAUGAUUUGGAGCAAGUUUUAAGGAAAAUUGGAAGCUGGAUCACAGAUGUUGCAAACUCAAACAAUUUCGAAGAAAAACAAAAAUUAUUAUCCAACAUUUUGCCUUCUUUAGUAGCACAUUGGAAUAAUAAUGAAACUCCUCAAAAACCCUAUCAAGAAACCCCUCCUUCACAUUUUCCAAGCCCAUUUUUAAUCAAUACAAUUUUAAAACUAAAAGGUGCUGAUAAAUUAUAUGAAAAACAAAAGGGUGAUUUAAAUCCAAAUCAAUCUUUUAAUUAUGGAGAAUCUCUAGGCAAAUUUAUAUUAAAAAGUAGAAAACAUAUUAAUGAGCAUCAACAGCAACUUGCUAAGCCAAAUUCAUUAAUUGAAUAUUACCAAGCAUUUCCAAAAGUGAUCACUAAGUUUUUUGAUGGCCUUAUUGGGGUAAUAUUAAACCAUCAUCAUAGGUUGAAGCAAUAUAAAAGAAAAUAUUACAAUUUAAAAACAAAAAUUGAUGAUACAGAACAAGAUCCAAUGCAAUUAAUUAAAAUUACUACCUUUUUAUCAUCUGUCAUCAUAAAAAUGGCUUUUAGAAGAUCUAAGAUUUGGUUUACCAAUUUAUUUGCAAGUUUAUGUAGAAGACCUCAGUUCUUAGGAUCACUUCAAUCAAUAUUACGUUCACUUCAUGUAAUAUCACAUACUGAGGAUCAUGAACGUCGCUUGGAAGUAAAAAGAAUGGAAAAGGUUGAUCCUAAAUCUAGGAUUAUAACUGGUCCUAAUGUUUGGCCAUUAGCAGUUAUUGAUAAUUUAGAUACAAAGCAAAAAACAUUCAAGUACAAUAAUUAUUAUAAUGAAGGAAGAUUAUCACUCCAUGUUGUACUUAGAAUGUUAUUUUUUUUUACUCUUCCUUCACCUAUUCAAAAUAUUGUUGAUGAGCAAUCAAUGAUUUAUCAAAAAAAUAAUAUAUUUGAAUUCAAUUCAUUUUCUUCUAAAAACAUAGAACUUUUUGAAAAUAUUUUUAAAAAAUUGUUAAAUUAUCAAAUUGAUGGAAAUUUUGAUCAAGUUGAUGAAGAGGAGAUCCAUCAAGAAAUCAUCAAACAUAUUCCAAAAGGAACAUCAGAUGAGAAAGAGCAACUCAACUCUUUUCUUUUUGAAUUUGUAGAUGCAAAAAAAAAUUUUUCAGGGAAAUCCAAGACAGACUCACUCAAGGAGCCAUUGUGGAAAUUAACAAAUGAUUUGUUAGAUCUUUUUGAAAAUUUUGACCCAAAUACAAAUCAUCAUUUAAUUGAAAUGGCACCUGAGCUAACAACUGAUGGUUUUAAUUCACUUUUCAAAUGUUAUGAUGUUGGUAAAGAAAGGAUGGAAACCCUAUUAAAUCAAGAAGUUUAUGGAACUGAAAAAAUAAAUACAACUGGUCGUAGAGCAACAAAUGUAAAAACAUAUAAAUAUGAAAAACUUGUUGAAAAUUAUAAAAAAAAAGGAAAAGAAAAAGUCACCAAUUUAGAAGAAAUGGAAGUAAUUGAAGAUCCUAAGUCUGAUGAUGAUACUAUUAAUCUUUCUACUACAAUUGAAGAAGGUGAAAGUACUAAUAGGAGACAAUAUAGAAGAAUAACAGUUGAAGAACAUGCCAUCCUGGAUCCUCUUGUUGAAAUGGAUGAUAAACCAACUAAGGAACAAAUUAGUGAUGCAUGUGAGAAAACAGGAUUGGGAAGAAAAAAGAUUCUAGAUUAUGUUUAUGGUUAA